ACACAACAGUCGGUCUCACGAUGGCCUCCGCGCGCACAUUACAGGAGAUCUCGAGGAUGAAGAGAGACGAGGGCAUCGAGCGGCUGAGCGGCUGCUUCGACUGGACGGAGUUCGCCGGGGACGGUGAACGCCGGUGUUUACAUCAGGAGUUUGUGUAUGAGAACGUGAUGCUCGCGGUAGCGCGAGGACUGUCGUGGUCGGCCGUGGGACAGGUGGCGAGCGCCAGCAAACGUCUCCUGCCGGAACUCAAAGGUCUGAAGACAUCAGAGGUCAUUUGCCUCGUCAAGGAUCAUUUAUCACAGAUAGAGCCCCGUCUCUCCUCUGCCCAUCACGCUCUUCUCCUCGACCACAUUGUGAAAACAUACCUUCCUCACCAGCGGCUCUAUCAGGCGGUUUUAAACGGAGAGACGGGUGUGAAACACAUCAGACGCGAGCUGGUGAUUGAGGGCCCCCCUGAGCCGCGGCCCCUCAGCGAGGGAACAGACGCUGUGGAGUGGGAACAUCAGCGGGAUCUCAAAGAGCUGCGUUCGGCUCAGUCCAGAACAGAAGCUGAAAUCCAGGACGUCAAAGACGCGGCCGAAGCUCAGAUGAUGGCAGCGCUUCAGAGCGGUUUAAACAGACUCCCUCGUGAAGGUCAGAUGAGCAGACAGGAGGUUGAAGAAUCGCUGCGUGGUUUUCUGCAGUCGCAGGGAGGGAUUAUCACGGACGCUCUGAUGAAGGAAGUCCGUCUCACUGAGGAUCUGUUGAGCAAGAAGUCUCAACUAGUAUUAAGACGCCUUGCUAAUCAACCGGUUUUACCCGGAAAGAACCGUGUGGCCACUCCCACAAAGUCAAAGAAGAAGAGAAAUUGAUAUACAGUUGUAUGAAAUGCCUAUUUUGAGAUAUUAAUAAAUACAAUCUCAACGUCUGCUAACAAGAAAGCUAUAAAAGCAUCUAGAAUUGGUGUCACAAAUACUUGCGUGCCCUAUUUUGUGUGCGACUCCUUUCUGUCUUAUUCUUUAAGAAUUCGUAUAUUAUUCGGCUUAUCGAUUAAUCCGUAUUUUCAAAAGAUGCUUUGCGUUUUGUACGUACCGCGCGGAUCGAUACCUGCUUUGUGUGCAUGCGUUUGAGUCCACGUCAAAAAUAGAGCUAAUACGCUUGCUUUCUACAAAAGCAGUUCGCUCAUUGGCUGUGAUAAAUGAGGAAAUUCAUAAAAGUGAGCACAGAAAACCAGCAGCAGCUUGACUUUUAUUGACUGCGUCUCAUUAAGCAUAUGAACAGUCUGGCAGUGUUGUUUUUUUACUACUUUUUAGAAGUGUUCGUGCAAUUUCAUCUGGCCGAAAUCAAGCCAAGGUUGUCUUGCACAACCUAAAAGAACAGUUUUGUGGUACGUGUUAAUCUGAUUAAAUGAAGAAGACAAAGUGAUUUUCUAAUUAUUCGUAAAAAAUGUAUUAAUAAUCGUUUGCUGCUGUCACAUUAACAACUAAAUCAAACAUCCGAAAUGCAUAAAUAUAUACCGAGUUGCAGGUUUUUAUAAUUAUAUCAAAUGUUCCCUGAAGUACCAAAAAAUUCUAAUCUAAUUCAGCUACACUGUAAGCACCCCGAUGAGCUUAUAAUGUUAUUUUAAUAAAACUAAAAUAGGCUAAUGCCUUUCAAAAAUAGCACCAUAUUUAGGAUUGUUUUAUACUAGAUAUUGCAUUUCUUCAAAAUCUUUUAAAUAUCACUACCAUUCAAAAGUUUGGAGAUUUUUAUACUUUUAUAAUCAGUCUGAAAUAAUGUGUUAUAUUAAAAACUGCAAUAAUGUAAAAUAUUACGUAACACUUUAGCAUAGGGACCCAUUUUCCCCAAUAAAUAGGUUAUUAUCGUUCCUAUUAUUACCAUAUUGUCUGUUUAUUAGUAGAAAAAUCUUAAAAAGCGCAUACUGGCCAGGAUCAUAUUCUGCAUACUUAAUUUUACCCAAUAACUAAACUUAAUUACCGCCUUAUGAGCUAUUAAUAAACAGCAAAUCAGGAUUUUAUUGAGACAAAAGUUAAGUUAAAUGUUUGUUAAUACAGUUUGUUAAUUUAAAAUAGGUCUUUUCUAAAGACUAAAGCUGAAUUUUCUUUUUUAUUACUCCAGUUUUCAUUACUCCAGUCAUCAGUGUCACAAUAAAAUA